CCAUCAGGGCGAGGGAGGGCAGGCAGGGACAGAAACGCCUCAGGAGCUGGCAUGGCACUGGCUCCUGGGAAGGAGCCGUGGUGGUUCUCCUGCUGCCAUCCGGGAGGCGCCAUGGGGGCUUCUGAUGACGUCAUAAACAAAACUCCCGCAAAAAAGACAAAACCGCGGCCGGGGGGCAGCUCCCGUGCCAGCCUCCCACCGCCAGGUGGCGCUGCUCCCCGCCGCCCUCUCGAUGCUAUUCCCCCCGCCCUGACCUCACUUCCGGUGCCGCUGCAGUCAGGCGACUUCCGCUUCCGGCUUUUUAGUUCCGGGCUCUCCGGUGGAGGCGGCGAUGGCGGCGGCGUCCUCCUCCUCGGCGGCGGCCUCGGGCUGCCUGGAGGGCCCGGCCGCUACCGCGGGGCCUGGCUGGAGCGAAUCCCAGUUCCGUCGUUACUCCUUCGAGACGCGGCCCAUCCCGCGGCUCAGCCACAGCGACCCCCGCGCUGAGGAGCUCAUCGAGAACGAGGAGCCCGUGGUGCUGACAGACACCAAUCUGGUUUAUCCUGCUCUGAAGUGGGACCUGGAUUACCUCCAGGAGAACAUUGGCAAUGGGGACUUCUCAGUGUACAGUGCCAGCACACACAAGUUCUUGUACUAUGAUGAGAAGAAAAUGGCCAACUUCAAGAACUUCAAACCCAAGUCGAGCAGGGAGGAGAUGAAGUUUGCUGAGUUUGUGGAGAGGCUGAAAGAAAUACAGCAGCAAGGGAGUGCUGAGAGGCUAUAUCUGCAGCAGACCCUGAAUGACACAGUUGGGAGGAAGAUUGUGGUGGAUUUCCUUGGCUUCAACUGGAACUGGAUUAACAAGCAGCAAGGGAAACGUGGCUGGGGUCAGCUGACUUCCAACUUGCUUCUCAUUGGCAUGGAAGGGAAUGUGACACCAGCCCAUUAUGAUGAGCAGCAGAACUUCUUUGCCCAAAUUAAAGGUUACAAGAGGUGCAUUCUCUUCCCUCCUGACCAGUUUGAAUGCCUCUACCCUUACCCUGUGCACCAUCCAUGUGACAGACAGAGCCAGGUGGACUUUGACAAUCCUGACUAUGAGAAGUUCCCCAACUUCCGGAGCGUGGUUGGCUACGAGACGGUGGUGGGUCCUGGGGAUGUGCUGUACAUACCUAUGUACUGGUGGCACCACAUUGAGUCUCUCCUCAAUGGGGGAAUUACCAUCACUGUGAACUUCUGGUACAAGGGUGCUCCAACCCCAAAGAGAAUUGAAUAUCCAUUAAAGGCUCAUCAGAAAGUUGCAAUAAUGAGGAACAUUGAGAAGAUGUUGGGAGAAGCCUUAGGAAAUCCACAAGAGGUGGGUCCCUUGUUGAACAUGAUGAUAAAGGGUCGGUAUGACUAAUGCCUGGCUGCCUGGUGACUGAUGCUGGAGCUGCUUUGUUCACAAGCAAUGGAAGAUACUGAGCGCUAGUCCUGCACGCAGCACUUAACAGACUGCUGGGUGUCCUGGCCCAUCCCUGCCCCACUACAAUAAAGGGGGACACUGGAACUGCAAAACCGUUAGUACCCCAUUCAUCCUCCACUCUCAUCUAACUGAACCUCCCAAGAAAGAGUCUGCACUUACUGGAAGCUGGAAUCAUGCUCACUGGUUUGUUUUUUUCUCCCCCUGCCCCGUUGGCCACAAGGAGGAGCGUGGCGCCUGGCACUCGGUGCGUCGCUUCAGGAUGGUCAGGCCUUGGAAGAAGAGCUUGGAGGAGAGCUGGGAGUGAUCUUGUUCCCUCUGCCCAUGGGGCUUGGGCCUCCUGGCUGUGUUUAAUGUGUUGGUGCCUGCAGUGGAUGUCAGGUGGGCAGUGGUGGGUUUCACAGCCCUGUUGUUAGAGACAACACAGCCCUGUCUGUGCCCAGCUCUGGCAUCUUUUGUACAGGGGAAGCGAACUCGUGAGGUGGCCUCUGCCUGCUGAGCACCUGGAGAAACAGUUCAGUUUCUUUUAACUGAGGACAUCAAAGCUUUGGGCUUAGGACAGGGCAGAGAUCAGAGUGAAUUCAUUUAGUGUGUGAGCACCAAACCCCAUGCCCUCCAAGCAACAUCAGUGCUGUAAAAGUCUAGGUAAACCACCUUUCUGACAGCUUUCUCUGAGGAGUGAAGGCUUCUCCUGGGCUCUGCUGAGGCUGCAGUGUGGUUCAGAGGGGAUGUAGCAUUACAGAGGGAGAUGUACCUGCCAGGGCAAUCUCCCAAGUCUUCAGUGAUUAAGCCACACUUUUUAAAAGAAAUUCCCCAGGGGCACCGAGCUAGACUGUCAGAAUGCAGUGUCAGACAGGUACAGAGCCUCCCUCCUCCCUGCCAGGGGUGCCGGUUCCUCGAGCUAACAAGGGAAAGUGCCCUUUUUACUGAAACUGCAAGAACUCACGUGUGUGUGGCUGCGCAGAGGUGCACGUGUUUCUGUGAUGUUGUGUGGCUCCUGUCCAGCAGUUAGAUCCACGCCAGUGUGUGGUUCCCUUCCUUGUACAGUCACCUGAAAGAGGUCAAGGCUUUCUGUUUAAAUGUGGUUGAAUUUAUCUUGAUCCUUUUUGUGUUCCGGGACUUGAUAUGGCACGCCAGGAAGUGAUGAGACCAGAGCAUGGGAACCAGACAAGCCUCUGUUUGAGAGUUCUCAGCAAUCACCUUUAAAAAAAAUAAUUCUGCUUUCUUCUUCCUCCUCUUCCAUAAGGAAGCCCUGGGCUCACAGGGAGUCUGGCUUUUCAUUCCCUGAGGUGCACUGCUAUCCCUGAUCUGGGGGGGUGGUGCAACAGUCUUGUAUAUUUGACAUGGUUGUAACGGGUCCCAAGGGCUGGAGGUGAGGGAAGCUUUUUAAUAGUUUAUCUGUCUCAUCCCAGAGAAGAGUGAGGAAUUUGUUCUGUUGAGAUUUCUCCGUGUUUUCCCUCUUGUUCUUCAGGGCUUGUUCUGACAUGGGGUUCUGAUAAAUGUGUUGAGAAAUGCUGCUCAAGAAGCUCUCUGGUUUUGGCCUCAGGACCUGUAUUUUGCUGGGACAGCUCACACUGUGAGCUUGCUUUGCACAAAGGUGAAAGGCUUUUCAAACAGGAGGUCCCAGGGUCUGGUUUUCUGUCUGCAUUUAGUGGUCAGAACAGGUGAAGUGUAAUUGGCAGCUGCAGGGUCCUUGUUUAAGAAAUAUUUCCAUGUCACUGACUGUCAGGCUGCCGUGUUACUUGUUGCAGACUCUCCAGAGCUGUGGUUAGAUCCAAAUGGAAGUCACUCAGCUGGAAACCUAGCAAUGCUGAGCCUUUGGGUAGGUGGGGAAGAAGGCUGAGCUGCUGACUGUGGAACCAAGGCUUUCCCAGGAAUCCUGGGCACAUGCCCUUGGUUGAAAGAUUGUCAAAUGGAAUUCCAACUCUGUGCUAUGUAUUAAGCACCUGGUAGUCUCCUGUACUACUUGUUAGGCACCAUGAACUCUUGAAGCUCAGGGUGGGAGUUCAAAUAUCCCAUGUGGAGAGAGAAUGGUACUUAUAGAACUUUUGGAUCCUUUUUUAUUUUUAAGUUUUUUUCCUUUAUUUGCCAAAGGUCUAACUUUUAAAGUGUCUGAACAGGUUUUGCUGCACUUGACUUUGUGAAAGCUCAUUUACAAUGCACUGAUGGACUGACUCCCCCCCUCCCUUCCCUUUUCACCUUGUGCUUUCAAUGCCCCUUGCCAUGGUAUGGGGAAGCUGUGUGUGUUCUCUGCUCGGGGUGUGUGUGCAGGGGGUGGGGUGUGGUGAACACACGGUACCUUCUGAAGUGUAGUUCUUAAAUACAACCAAUGUUGAACAACAGAACUGUGUGGCUUUUAUUUUGUGAGUGGCAAUGUGAUGAGGUGUGUGUAUAAAGCUGCUUUUCAGUC